UGAUUUUAAUCCGCCCCGCCCACCAACUUUGUGCCUGUGCAUUGGGAAAAUGAAGUGAAUCGAAAAGGAUCAGUAAAGUUUUCACCGGGACGCUUUUCAUUACUGCAGAAAUGCUGACGCUGACGACAAAUGCUUUCACGAAGAGCACAGCUUUGUGAUUGCUGAGUUUAAGCUGGCAUACAUAAGUCUCUUUUGCCCACUGCUAGAAGCUUGCAGUGUGAGCCACAAUGCCAGAAAUAAUCCAGAAUCAGCCAGAAACUACCCAGAAACCGACACGGAGGAAAAAAAACAAAGAGACACACAAUGCAGUCGAAAGGCAUCGUAAAGAGAAGAUCAAUGCCGGGAUUAAGCGAAUUGGAGAUCUCUUGCCAUGCUCUCAAGUUUUAAAACAGAGUAAGAAUAUGAUUUUAGGGGAAGCCUACCGUUAUAUCACUGAGCUGAAGCAACAGAAUGAUGAAAUGCUGCUCAAUGGAGGAGACAAAGUACAAGCGGACGAGAUAAAACGCUUACGGCAGCAGAUGGACGACUUAAGAAGAGAAAGUGCUCAUUACAUUGAGCUUCUCAAAGCAAAUGGAAUAAACUUUUUGGAUGACCCCACUAUCCACUGGAAGGGCAAGCAGCGCUGUGCUAAAGUAGCCAAAAUAACACCGACUCACUUGAUGUCAAAGGGAAUAAUUGUGUACUCUAAUGAAAAUGUGGCUUGUUCAGCGAGUAAAGUGUCAGCUCCUUCAAAUCCUCUUUCUCACCUGGAUAAGCAGCCAGUGAAUGCUUUAGCCAUCCAGCCAUCUUGUAAUGUUCAAACGGGUCCAGGUCAAGCACUUGGUGUCUCAAAUGAAAUGCAGAUUAAUGAAAUAAUCACUUCUACUACAUCUUCUCACAUUCCAUUAGCGACUCUUAUUCCUGCUGUGUCCAAGCCUUGUCUUGCAGUUGUGGAGCAGUAUGCUGCUGUGGCACCUGUUCCUUCAAAAUUGCCCCCUCCUGCGAAUUAUGUUACUCUUCAAAGCACAUGUCCCAAGCUUGCAGUCACUGCUCCCAGUCUUCAACAAACUCAGCCAGCAAAGCCUGCACAAACUCUUGCAUCUUCCCCCAGUUGCACAAUGCCUGUACAAAUCAAGCCGGUGUUAAAUCUGUCCUCUCUGCCUCAAACCUCGGUCAGCAACACACUUGUUUCUGAUGCUUCUUCAGUGAUGCCCCAAGAUUCAGAAAUCAUAUCUCUUGCUCAAACAUUACCAGGCAACUCUGCUCAUCUUAGGACCAGUGCAGCCAGCAGUACACAGACUACGUGGACAACACUACAGCUUACUGGAAACACUGUACAGCCUGUCUGUCGAGCAUUGGCCACAGAAGCCAGUAACCCCGGGCAUAGCAUUUCACAAAUGUCAGUGUGUCCUGUUGUGGCAAAUCCCCAAGUCCAUCCAAUUCAAGUGCAAACUCAAGUUCCUAUGCAACUUCAAACCCCUAAACCAGCUUGCAUCCCUGCUCAGCCCAAACCUUCCCAGCUGUUACCGUCAGUUCUUCAAACGCCUGUUGUUACUCAGGCAUCACUUUUAUCCCAGACCCCUGUGGUACUUCAUCAACCACCUCUUGUACCCCAGACAGGGUUACUAACUCCAUCCCAAACUGUUGUAGCUCAACCCACAAUUUUACCCAAGCCUGUCCCUCCAUCAACUCAGUCCCACACAUACCCAACCAUACAACCCAAGCCCCAAAUCCCUCAUUCCAUGCCUCAGCAUGAACUCCAACCCACUUUGCCUUCUCAAUCCCAAGUUCCACCAGCUAUCAUACCCCAGCCCCAGUCUGCCAUUGUGCCUCCUGUGCAGCAAACACUUUUGCCCCAGACUCAAGCCACCACACUGCCAGUACUCCAGACAAUGCAAGUUGUGCAGAUGAAUUCAGAUGGAUCUUCAGUCAUUGGGACGCCCCUGCCUCAAAACAAUCCAAAUGUUGUUAUUUUGCAGCAGGCCAGUACAUGUCCAGCCCCACAAGUAAUUAGAGAGGAUCUGACCAGUCAAGGGGCAUGCCAGCACAUUGUUAUUAUUCAGACACCGACAAUGCCAUCUACUCAACAGAACCAUCAAACUAACAUUGUGCCAUCUGCAGUUCCCACUGUGGCUAAUCACAUGACCAGCAACCCGUGUCCCACUACUGCUCAAGCGAAACAGCUGGUUCACAUUCUUCCCCGUCCUUCAGCACAGGUUCAGACACAGGCUCCCCAGACUAUCACUGUGAAUGGACAGGUUUAUGUCUUAAAAUCAGCAGACACCGGGAGCUCACAGGUUAGCCAGAGUGCUACGCAAAUAAUUCAGCCCACCUGUGAGGAACCUAACGCCAAUGUUGCAUUGAAUUGUUUGGGUGCUCUUACUAGCCUUAGCCAGAGCAUUUCACAAGUCUCCAAUCAAGGCAAUUCGCAGGCCUCGAAUCAAAACAAUGUACCACUGCAAAUUACUGCACCUUCAGACACUGCAGUGCAAUCAUCUCCGUCCAAGCCGGUUUCAGGAGUCAGUACAGCCACUGAGACUGUUCUACCCCCUGUUGUACCUGUGUCAACAUCAGUAACUUGUGCAGUUAAGAUCUUGCCGAAGAAGUCCAGUGUACCAUCUGUACACCUACCCAAACCGAAUAAAAGGGCCAGACCAGUCAAAAGAAAAGAACCUAAUCAAAAGAGAAGCAUGUGCCGAAUUGCUGCAAAGCCUGCAAAUAGUAUGAAAUCUCAGUCAAAUGUGGAACAAGGAUAUUCAUCCUCUAUAACAGAUAUGGACUCUAUUAAUUCUGUAAGUGAGGAUAUAAGCCACCAAACCAGUACUGCAAGUACAUCCAUGGUCAUCAGUAUUUCUUCAACAUGCAAUACUUCGACAACCAUUUGUGUCAAAUCAAGUAGUAAAUUAAUUCACAGUCCUGCUGUUUCAGCAACCAAUACGCCAAGUGUCACUUCCCAAGUGCUCAAUGAAGUGGAUCAAAUACAUGGAAAAAGUGUUGAUGAAACUCCCCCAUCACAAUACAAUAAAACAGAUAGUACAAUAAGUUCUGGUACUCCCCUUGAGGACAGCCCAGUAGUCCAUGGCAGCAGUGAACCUGUAUUAGCUAAUAAUGUUGACCUUAAGAAAAAUGAAUCAACAGUUAGUGUUCUGUCUUCUCAGUGUAGCACGUUGAGCAGAGAUGAUAACUCUUCCUCCGGUGCACUUAUUUCUCAAGAUAAAUUAACAAUCAACAAUGGUCCUACUAGCUGCAUACAAACAGAAUCAAGUACUACUUUAGUUCAGAACAGAACUACUUUAACUAAUGUUAGUCCUUCAGAAAAUAAUUUGAAGGUUAUGUCUGAAACUGCACUUCUCCACCCCCAGAGAAAACCUUCAGGCACAAGUUCUGAUCCAACAAAGAGUCAAGAAACAGGAUGCAUCUUAGAGAAGGUUCCACACGCUCAAACAGAGCCUGUAACAGUUACAGCUGUAGACACUUCACAGAUGCAGUCACCUUUUGUUUUGCACUCAACUUCUUCAACUUGUUCAGAUGCAACACCAGCAGUUCUACACCAGGAAUCCAGGAAUUUGAACACAUUCAACAAGCUUCUUAAACAUUCAGAAGUUACAACUGCUAAUCAGAUUCAUUCUGUUAGUAUCAAACUUAAUCAAUCAAAUUCAAGCAAAGAACUCCGUCUCGGUGAACAUUCAAGUGCCACCACAGACAGUUUAUCUGAGGCAGAUUCUUUCUUGCAAAAAGAAACUGUUAUUUCACAGGAGUUAUCAACAAUGGGAAAUGAGUCAUAUGAUUCCUCACUAGUGGCAAAUAGGCAGACCGAUUCACCAACAGCAGGAGCUUCAAGUAACAGAGGAUUUUCAGUUGCAUCACUCCUUCCAACAGGUCAGAAUAUUACUUCAUCACCUAAUACAUUUGGAUCUUUUAGUUUCACCUCUGAACAGGCAGAGAUUUUAGCAAUGGCAGCGAGAGCUAUAUUUGAGCAAGAUAGCCCUGGACGGAAGACUGAUAGCUGCAGUGUGGAAAAUCCAUCAAAUACAACUGCCACUAGAUGGGAUCUCCCAAAAACACAGCAAACCCCCAUAAUCAAAGAAAGAGUCACAAGUCAACAGUUAAAGCAUUCAAAUCAAGGUGACAUAACAGUUCCAAAAACUCCAUUACUAGUUGAGGUUUCAGGAAUUAGUACAUCUAGUGUCCGGGUUCCACUGAACACAGCUUAUUCUCAGUCACAAACUAGUACACUUACUAGCCUAAAUGUUAAUAAUCUCAUCAGACCAAAUUCUGUUCAGUCUUACCCAGGAUCUCCAAACAUUGGGCAGCAAGCAUCUGUUCCAUCACCAGGUGGAGCAGCAAUUCUAGUGCCUCAGACAUCCUCUCAAGUCACACAAAGUUGCUCUGGCCAAGCACAAGUUAAUAAAUAUGCACCAUCGAAAGGUGCUCACAUGAGAACUCACAUAGGUGCUGGAAUAUCUGAACGCCAUCAAAAGGAUAUGCCAAAACGGUCUGCCCAAGAGGACCUUGUUCUGCCCAUUAACAAGCGCUCGAAACCAUGCUCUGCGAAUAGUGUUGCUCGAAUAGAUGUUAAGGGGACAGAACAUGUCCAAGUGAUGUCUGGACAAAUGCCUCCAAAUUCCUCAUCAGUUAUGACUGGGAACCAUUCUGAUGGAGGAGGUGCUCUGUUUUCUGGAAACACUUUUAUGACCACUGUGCUUCGCCCAUCUGAAGGACACUGCCCUCCUCAACUGGCAUCACAUGAACAAAAUCAACCUAGUGUGUUGCACCUACAACAGGGACACGUACAGCAUGGCAUACCACAGUCGGGACAGAUUCUGGGAGGAAGUCAUUAUCUCAAACAUCAACACCACCAUGAACAACACAGACACCUCUAUCAACUUCAUCAUCUUACACAACCAGAUACCCAGAUGCACAGUAUUCAACAGAGGACUCUGCUACAGGAUCAGAAUGCCCAUAAAAAGAGAGUUGUGCGAGGUGGCCAGACAGGACCACCUGUUAAUUUGCAAAAGCAGCAUCACUUGGAGAAGAAUAGUGUACAGCAUCAGCCACCACAGCAGUCUCAGCAGCAUCAACACCAACAGCAGUCUCAGCAACACCAACAGCAGCAGCAACAAUCCCAGCAGCACCAACAUCAGCAGCAACAACAACACCAACAACAAAAACCACAGCAGCUGCAACAGCAGCAACAGAUGCAACAACAAGGUUCACACUCAAGGCAUCAACAUCUUCAGCAACCACUACACUUUAAUAGACAGGAAAAGAUUUGUGAUGGUCAACAAGGCCCCAGGGCUCAUCAGAACAACCAUUUAAGUCAGCCAGACCGCCAGUCUGGACAGGAUCAUGGAGCUAUGCAAAGGUUGAUGGGUUCCCGCACUUUAGAGCAGCAACUAUCUUCACAGACUAGUCAUUCGGUUUCACGCUCUUCAGACCUUGCUUGCACUCCAUCACGUCAGGAACGUCAUCGGCUGUCUAGUUAUUCCGCUGAAGCGCUUAUUGGCAAAACUUCAAGUGCCGGUGACCAACGCAUGGCACUGCAUACAUUGCAGGCUGCUCGUGGCAAUUCACAGGAUCAGUCUGAAUUACAAGCUUAUAUUGACCCCUCACAUGGCAAAGGAAAUAUAAGUCAUAAUCCUCAAACCAGACUAGCGCAAGAACACUCUGGGGCUCCAGACAUUCAGCGGAUAUCAGAGCGUUUACCGUUCAAGACUCUUGGUGGGCCUCAAGUAAACAACUUUGAUGUACAAGUGUCUCGCAGUGGUGAUAUGACCAGUAAAUCUGUGGCUCCAGCUCAGAGGGGUCCCCAGCAACAGACUGGAUUUAGAAUGGGGACUGUUUCUUCGAGUGAUGGACGUAGUCGUGGUACAUAUGGGACACAUACUUCAGUACAGGGGCUUCAAACUGGAACAGGAUUGCAACGUGAGCAGGACUCAUGCCAUCAGAGCUUUAUGCAAACUCUAUUGGCUCCACAUCUUACUGAACAAACUGGACACCAGAGGGCUGCACAAGGCUGUCCCACAGUGAGUAUAGAUUACAACUGUGGGCCUGGAGUUUCUUCUGGGGAACUUCAGGCUAAAGUCUCAAGCCCCAACUUGCACCCUACACAGACAGCUCCUCCAAUGCAUCUUGGAGACAACAGUAAAGGGCACAUUUCUCAGGUUAGUGGAAAUAUACAUGGUUCUGUAAGAUCGGUUCUGCCCCAUCCUCCUUCAACACCGCACAGUAGCUCGGAUUCAGUCCGUGCUCAAAGUUCUUCCAGGUCGCUUUCAGCUCUCAGUCAGAGAACUCAUCAUAUUGGACCAGAUCCUCAGAGCUCAAAAAUACGCCUGGGAGAUCGACCAAGGUCUGGCAAUCUGAGACCCCUAAACACAUUUGAACCUGAAAGUCCAUUGCCGCUUCCAUCAAGUGGAGGAGUACUUCUUGGGCGACCACAGACAGGUGGUGAAUCUCGGCGCAGAGGUAUUACACGUUUGAUGCCGGACAGUGCGCAGGUUGGCGGUGACAGCAAUUUGGUUACAGAUCAGCAUCUUGCACAGAAUUUUGGCUUUUCAUUUAUUGGUGAGGGAGGUAUGAACCCUCCACCUCAGAUUAAUGCGAAUGCGUCUUUUAUUGCCCCAGUUACGCAGCCCAGUGCCUCACGUACCCCUGCUCUCCUUCCUGUAGAGCCACAGAACACUCUCUCGUCUUUCUACACCUCAUAUUCACCUGCUGCUCAUCCAAGCAUUCCAAAUGAGAUUCCUAUACAGUAUUUUACUAACCAGAUAUUUACAAGUCCAAGUGCUGAUAAAGGUAGCACUGCUCCGCUAAAUAACCGCUUUGGAUCUAUUCUCUCUCCACCCCGUCCUGUGGGCUUUGCACAGCCAAGCUAUCCGCUAUUGACUGAUAUAACACCAAUGCCCAUUGCUAACUCCUCAGGCAUUACUCCUCAUUUAUCUAACUUUAACUUGACUUCUCUGUUGCCAGAAAUAGCAUCAGUGAUGCCCCCUGAUGGUUCUUCAAUGCCAAUGUCUCCUUUACUGUCCCUUGCAAAUUCUUCUUCCUCAGAUGCUAACAAACAGUCUAAUCGCCCAGCUCACAACAUCAGCCACAUUCUUGGGCAUGAUGGGACCUCUGCUGUUUGAAGAUACAUACUGGCCUCAUGCAAAUCUGAAUAUUUGUGUUUAUUGAAUGAAAUUACAUUAGCUUUGGAAAAUAUGGUUUACUGUAUCAUGACAAUUUCUGCCUACAUUCUGAGCUGCAUAGAGCAGCUCUAAUUUUGUUCCUGGGUUUGCUAGUGACAUGAAAAGCAACUGAGAUGUCAAUGUCUACAUAAAUAAAGUGGUUACUACUUGGCAUCAUGCCACAAUAAAAAAACACCCAUUUUUGAUGAAUUAGGCUUCACAGACUGUAAAGAAUGGAUUUAAAGGACUUGGGAGUUUUUCCCAAGUUUUUCCCAUCUCUUAAAGAGACUAAACUAGAUCUUUUUUUGGAUUGAUUUUAUGGAAUGCAAGUUCAAAUAUUUGUACUUAUUUAUGAAAAAUGUGUUUUUGUAGAUAUUUGUAAAUAUACAAAGGUGAAUAUUAAAUUGGUAUUGUUUU